AUGGACCCCAAAGCAGAAUUACAAGAGAACGAACGUCGAUGGACGAAUGGUGAAAUUGAUGAGAAUGAAUAUAAUAGACGUAAACAGACGAUACUAAAAACAUGGAUAAAUAAACCGGAAGCAGUGGAAACUGAACCUUUUAACGCUGGCGGUAUGCCAAAAGAAACGAGUUUAUAUACUGUACUCCAGUUAGAACCCAAUGCGACCAAAACUGAAAUCAAGUCAAACUACAAGAAACUCGCCUUGAAACACCAUCCUGAUAAGAAUGGUGGUAUUGAAACCGAAGAGUGGAACAAGAUUUCAAAGGCAUACAAAAUCCUUUCGGAUGAGGAUAAACGUGCUCUUUAUAAUAAUUAUGGAACUAUUCAUGAUUUGGAUAAAGCAUCAUUCAAUGUCCACGUGGGAGGAGACUUCUGGCUCCCUUAUAUUGGCAAUCUUGAAAUUGGCCAUUGGCUUGCUUCCGUAGUGGUGAAAGAUGGGUGCUCAUCUGAAUGGGAAAUGAUGAACUCAGCCGAGCAAAAAGAACGCCGUCACACUACUCGUGUAUCCCGUAUUGUCUGUCACCUGGAAGACAAGCUCAACCAAUUUCCAAAGAAUAACCAUAUAGAAUUUGAAUCAUUCAAAAUGAAUCUUUUUCAAGAAGCUCAAAACCUUUCUACCGAACCUAACGGCCAGAACUUGCUAUCUCUUUUAGGGAAAAUUUACAUAAGUAGAGCUGAAGCCCAUCGAAGAGGAUUUCCUAUGACAACUAUUUUGAAUGGAUAUAGUAGAAUCGUUAAUAUUUAUUCGUUUGCAUCGGGCUUAAUUUCUGGAUAUUUAAAGACAAAAGGAAGACAUUCAGAAAUGGAUGAAAACGAGACGAAUGAAAUCAUUUGGCAACUUGCGAAAUCAGAAAUUUCCUCCAUUGCCCAUGAAACCUGUGACAAAGUCCUGAAUAAGAAAAGUUCCCUCACUAAUAAUUUAUCUUCUUUGGGCAAAGUCUGGAAGGAAACGGGCGAACCUUCGAAAAAGAAAACCACUUCUUUUACUAGAAACAUUUUGUUAAUUAUUUUUAUAUAUAUCAAUGUACGACUCAUACAAACUUUCGUGAAAUAA